AUGCAUCCAGCGCCUCCCACGGCAUCUGGCUCGGACGACCCUCGAGUCUACCUUGAUCGGCUCUCUGGCAAUUGGAGGUACGAAGAUGAUCAAGGCGACGAAUGGGAGUGGCAGCCGUUGGUGCAACAUUCGCGACUGGCUGUCGAUCUGGGCGAGACCGAAGAGGAUGGACCUAGCGCAUCCAGCUCGAGCUUGAAAGCUACGCAGACUGUGUCUCGGAGCGGACAUUGGGUCAAAGCCCUGGACGAUGAUCUCAUCCGUGCACAGCAAGCAGCCUACUCGGUUGAAGGCGUGGACGAAUCACAACCGGCACAAGCGGUGCUUCGGCGUGGCAAGAAACGUGCCGCGUCGCCGCCUUGUUCGCACAACACAGCCUCCAAGCGCUCAGCUACAAACCACACCAGCGGCUCAUCACCAACCAAGCUCCCGCCGUCCAGGAAGCCAAAACCAAUCACAUCGCUUUACGUCACAGGCCUACCACUCGACGCUACGUCGGACGAAAUAGCACGUGUCUUUCAACGCUACGGUGUACUUUUGGAAGACGAUCAAGGUCGACCUCGUGUCAAGAUGUACUACGACGACAAGACGCGCAUGUUCAAAGGUGAAGCAUUGGUGGUGUACUUCAAGCCGGAGAGUGUGGAUCUGGCGAUCAGCAUGUUGGACGAGACAAGCUUGAGAGGUGCUAUUGGGUCGUCCAGUGGGGGACAGGUGAUGAGGGUUCAGCGUGCGGAAUUCCACAAUGCUCAAGCUGGCGAUGCCAAGGCGAGUGGAAAGCAACAAGCUGGUGCAGAUGGAGUGAAACCAAACUCCACCGAUGCAUCUUGCAACAGCCAUCGACGAAAUUUGACGGAACAAGAUCGCAAGAAGAUCGCCAAGCGAGUUGCGAGAUUGGAAACCAAGCUUUCGGAUUGGCGAGAUGACUCGUCCUCAUCGAGCGUCUCGGAUAGCGAGACGAUGCAUACUGGCAGCGCCACUGCCCGCACUGGUGGUGCUCGCACAGUGGUGCUCACCAAGAUGUUUACCUUGUUCGAACUCGAGUCAGACCCAACGCUGCUGCUCGACCUGAAAGAGGACGUUCGUGAAGAAUGCAAUUCCAGCAUCGGCGGUGUCACCAAUGUCGUGCUCUGGGAUGCCGAACCCGAGGGUAUAAUUACGGUCAAAUUCUCUACGCCAGAUCAAGCCAACGCUUGCGUACGCAUGAUGAAUGGCCGAUUCUUCGCUCAACGACGCAUCGACGCCUAUAUCCUCCGCAGCAAACCCAGAUUCCGCAAAACCACCACCGAACAAGACCCCGACACCGAUCAUGACACCAUCCCCGCUACCGCUACAGCUGCAAACAGCAAGAGCGAAGCCAUCAGAAAAGACGCUUUCGGCACUUGGUUACAAGACGCUUCUUAA